AUGCAGAGUGUUAGGAGUGUGAAUGAAAGGGCUCCCAUCGUGUACCAAUACAAGAGGAAAUGGCCCAAGAAGAUGAAGGCUGAUAAGGAGACUGAUAAGGCUGCUAACUUAUCAGGUGGGAGUGACGGGCAGGGUCUGAUCCUUCUGGAAGAAGAAGACACGUCACCUAGGGGAGUAACGGCUUGA